AUGCCUUCCGACGCCUCGAUCCAGCCUGUAGUCAGCGUGGCUUCCUGGGAGGACCAGCCGAUUGACAGCGGCCCGAUGUCUAUCCUGACACCCGGCGAACAGGCAAUCCUGUUCCAAUCCCUGCUGACCGUCCCCGACUUCCCCCAGGUCCUUGAGCUUGACCAUGCCAAGAUCGGCCAGCGCAUGAAGCUCAGCCCUCGGACAAUCGCCAACGGUUUGAGCAUUAUUAAGGGUAAAUUUGCCAAAUUUGACAUAAGGUUCCGCAGGGAGAACAAGAUACCAAACAUCGAGGAGGAAGGUGCCUUGGAGGGGGCCUCGGGGGCCACCGUUGCUGCUGCUACCGAAGCAGCUGGCGAAGACGACGGCAACACCGACGAGAACGCGAACCCGAAGAAACGGAUUUAUCAGAAGCCCGUCGCCCUGUCCGCCCCCGUCACGUUGGUCGCCCCCGCUGAGCCGGUGGAUCCCGCUGCGUCGGUUGUUCUCGCUCCGUCAGUUGCGUCCAUUGCCCCCGAGCCCGAUGUUCACGCAACGUCCCCGGGAGCAGGCGAUGUCUACCCGGUGUCCUUGAACAUUGCCCAGCUCCAAAGUAUUAUCGACACGGUGACCGGCAAUGUCCUAACCAAGUCCUCGAUUGAAGAAUCGUCAGACUCUUCGCCCCAAUAUGCGCCGACAUAA